GUGCCUGUCUUGCAAAAUGUGAAUCUGUCAAUUACUUCGGGUGAGCUAGUUGCACUGGUUGGUCUUAGUGGUAGCGGCAAGAGUACUCUGGUCAAUUUACUUCUACGCUUGUAUGAACCAGCAAGUGGACAGAUCUUAGUUGAUAGUAUUCCUUUGAAUGAGCUUGAUGUCAUGUGGCUUCGUUCAAUGAUUGGUGUUGUGAGUCAGGCCAUACAGGAGCCACGUCUUUUCAGUAUGGACAUUGCUUCCAAUAUAAGUUAUGGAUGUACAAGGAAAAUUAGUCACCAUGACAUUGAAUGGGCAGCCAAACAAGCUCAUGCACACGAGUUUAUAGUUUCCUUGCCAGAUGGUUACAAAACUCUUGUUGACAAUGCUCGUCUUAGUGGGGGACAGAAACAGCGCAUAUCUAUUGCUAGAGCUAUUCUAAGGAAACCAACAGUUUUAGUCCUCGAUGAAGCCACCAGUGCUUUAGAUGCUGAAAGUGAGAAUUAUGUAAAGAAAGCAAUUGAAAGAAUCAUGCAUAACAAUGGUAAGAGGAAACUAACUGUACUUGUUAUUGCCCACAGGCUAUCCACGAUACGCGCAGCAGAUAGGAUUGUUGUCAUGGAAAAUGGGAGAAUCGUGGAGAUGGGGAGCCAUGAUGAGCUUCUUAAAAACAAUGGAAAAUAUGCAAAAUUAACAAGCCGACAAAUCAGCUCUAUCACAUGAUGUUGAUCAAUAUCAACUAUCUAGUUUCAAGAGCCUGAAUGGAAGGAAAGGUACCCACAGAGGACCACAAUGGGGCCUAAAGACACUCUACAUUUUUGUAAUUAAAUUAGCCACACAGAUUUCUGCCAUGCCACAUUGGAGCAUCUCUCCCUCUCUCGUUCUCUAGAUGCAGAAGAGUAGUGAAGCUAAAUUGUAUUUUAUGCAAUCCUUUAUUGAGAUCAGUUAUUGAUGGUAUGACCAUUGAUGUAUAUUACUAGAUCGUACAAGAUAUAUUGUGGCAUCAACUUAUACUAUCGAUGAUGUCAUGGUGUAUAUUACUAGAAUGUACGAGAUAUUUUUAAGGAUCUGAAACGAAAUGUAAACAGGAAGAGCAAGGACUCUUUCGGUAAGAGAUUUCAAAACCUAUGUAAAAUGUAAGCCUAAGGUGUUUUAUGAAGGCCUUAAGAGGUGAUCUCAUUCAUUAGUGUAUAAUAGAUUGAAAUUCAUUCUUCGC